GGAAAGCAGCAAAAUAUCUAACACCGCCAUCCACUCAGUUUACUUCAGCAAACACUCAUUCUUCUCCCAUGAAUUCACCAACAAGCUCCAUCAGGUUCCAGGUCCACAGGCGUGAACCUGAACUAAUCGUCCCGGCCAAGCCCACCCCUUACGACUUCAAGCCAUUAUCGGACAUAGAUGACCAAGAAGGUCUUCGAUUCCAUAUUCCUGUCGUACAAAUUUAUAAACAUGACCCUUCAAUGCAAGGAAAAGACCCUGUUAAGGUGAUAAGCGAGGCGCUUGCUAAAGCGCUAGUGUUUUACUAUCCAUUUGCUGGUAGGCUCAGAGAAUGGCCUAACCGCAAGCUUGUAGUGGAAUGCACCAGCGAAGGGGUCUUGUUUAUUGAGGCUGAUGCUAAUGUUACUCUUGAACAAUGCGGAGAUGCACUUCAACCUCCUUUUCCCUUAUUGGAUGAGCUGCUCUUUGAUGUCCCUGGCUCUAGUGGUGUGAUUAAUUGUCCUUUGUUGCUUAUUCAGGUAACGCGCUUCAAGUGCGGCGGUUUUAUUUAUGCACUUCGACUCAAUCACACUAUGAGUGAUGGCCCUGGUCUAGUCCAAUUCCUGACGACAGUUGGAGAAAUGGCCCGUGGAGAACAAAACCCUUCAGUUCUUCCAGUAUGGGAAAGACAUGUCCUAAAUGCAAGAAACCCACCAAUUACAACAUGCACACAUCGCGAAUACGAUGAAAUUCCUGACAAUCAUAUAAUGAAUCCAUUUCCACUUGAUGAUUUGGAUGAACAAGCAUUUUUUUUUGGACCUACUGAAAUAUCAUCUUUUCGAAGAUAUGCCCCUUCUCAUCUCGGUGGCUGCUCCACUUUUGAAAUUCUAACCGCGUGUUUUUGGAAAUGUCGUACUAUUGCUCUUCAGCCAAACCCUACAACAGAAAUGAAAAUGAUUUUUGCUAACAAUGUACGCAACAAAUUUGAUCCUCCACUAGUACCAAAGGGGUAUUAUGGCAAUGGAUUUGUGCUUUCGACUGCGGUGACAACGGCUGAAAAACUCUUGAAAGAACCGGUAAGUUAUGCAAUAGAAUUAAUAAAAAAGGCUAAAGCAGACACGACUAGAGAGUAUGUUCAGUCAGUGGCAGAUACACUACUGAUCAAAGGUAGACCUCAUUUUACCACAGAAGAAGCAUACUUUAUGUCAGAUGUGAGACAUAUGGGAUUUAGAGAGGUGGAUUUCGGAUGGGGAAGAGCUACAUAUGCUGGUCCUAUCAAUUCUACUCCAAUGCAAUGUAGCUAUUAUUUACCAUUCGAAAAUGAGAAAAGAGAAAUUGGAUUCAUGUUGCCAAUUUGCUUGCCAGCACAAGCGAUGGAAAGAUUUGCAAAGGAGUUGAAAAUUCUAUUGCAAGACAAGCCAGUCAAUGGUGUGGUUAGUUCGUCGUUUAUACAAUCACCUUUGUAGUUAAAGUGCAAUGAAAUUAUAUGGAUGUUUAGGUAUCAAACUAGAUAUUUCAAAAAAUUAAUGUGCCUUAAAUCAUAAUUAAGAAGUAGUAUGAAUAUUUUGUUCCUGGAAGAGAUAUAUUGAGUUUAAAUUCUCAUUU